AUGCUAGCACAGAAUUCCUCAUUGAAACAACCUAGUCGUUAUAGUAGUGCGGUCACGUACCUGUACGAACAGUACUACUUGGACACGCUACGUCGACGUCUGAUCUGUGUCUUAUGGGAAGACAAGAACGGGGAGAUCUACAUGCAACCUUACAACAUCACCUCACCUCCUGAUGACAGAACCAAGCCGAUCUCACUUAACCAAAUCAAGAAGUUGACCCCAAGUGACUUGACCACAAGAGAGGAGUGUAAGGUCAAGUUUCAGCGUAAAGGGACACAAACGUUCUUAGCUGUCUGGCCUGACUGUACCACUAAUGAUGACGGGAUUGUUCCCAAUUAUCAACUGACAUGGUCCUGUAACUCAAUGGUCGCCAUAGCAACAAAUCCUAAUUCAGUGGAGUACACACCAGUCCCCAUAAUGCUUACUCGGGAAGGUCCUAGGUAUCCUUUCCCACCGUACCUGAAUGAAGCUAAUGGCAAAGUUACCUGUUAGUAAAAUGUGCAUACAGAGCACGAUGCUAUUUAAUCAUCUUUAAAGUUUUGUGAAAAA